AUGGCGGACUCGGACGCGCCAGGCAUCUUCUCGCGAGUGGCUUCGACCUUCACCUCCCUCGCCUCCACGGUCAAACCCGCAGAGAACGAGCUCGCGAGGUGGAGGAGGACUUUCGACCGCUUUGCAGAAGAUGCGAGCGAUGGCAAGAAGUAUCUAUCGCCCUCUGGCUUCAUAGAUGCGAUUGCGCCCACAGAGGAGGGCUUCUCUCGGAUACAUAAGGAGCAGUACAACCUUCUCUUUCGAGUUGCAGAUAUCUCUAGACGGGGAUUGGUGUCUUGGGAGGACUUUGUCGUAUUUGAGACUUUGCUGAAGCGGCCUGACGCCGAUUAUCAACUCGCUUUCCAGGUAUUUGACAAUGAUGCGUCUGGAUCGAUAGACUUUGACGAGUUCAAAGCGGUCUUGUCAUCCAACAUUGCUGCGUCCCACAUUCCUUUCGACUUUGAGGUGCCAUGGAUGAAGCUAUACGUCGGACAAAAAGGAGGACAACAUGUACUGGGAUACCAUGAAUUCACUCAACUUAUCAAAGGCUACCAGGGCGAGAGGCUUCGCCAGGCUUUCCAUUACUUCGACUCGGACUCAGAUGGGUACAUUAGUCCUGGGGAGUUCCAACAGAUCAUCAUCGAAAUCGCUGGCCACAAGCUCUCGAACCCCAUCUUGGAACGCCUGCCCACGCUCUGCACCAUGAACCCGGGACGCAAGAUCUCAUACUCCGAAGUCAUCGCCUUCCACAACAUCAUUCGCGAAAUGGAUGCGGUGGAGCGGAUCAUCCUGCACGCUGUUCGGAAAAGCAGAGAUGGUAAGAUCGAUCUGAGCGACUUCUUGAACGAGGCGGCGGGUAGUAUGCGGUACGGGAUGUUCACGCCGAUGGAGGCCAACAUCAUCUGGCAUUUCGCCAGUCGCGGCGGUAUGGGCUCCAAUCAGCGGCUCGGCAUGGCGGACUUCCAGGCAUUGCUUGACGCAAAGUGGCAACCUCCGGACCUGGCAUCUGCUCCCUCCGCAUCAUCAUCAUCAUCAACAUUCUUUUCAGACUUCCUUCAAUCUACCUACAACUUUGUCCAAGGUGGUAUCGCUGGCGGUAUCGGCGCUUUCGCCGUCUACCCCAUCGAUCUCGUCAAAACGCGACUUCAGAACCAGCGAUCUACGGUUGUUGGCGAGGUUAUGUACCGAAACGCUGCCGACUGCGUGCGCAAGGUGUACGCGAACGAAGGAGGAGUGCGGGGUUUCUACCGGGGUGUCUGGCCGCAGUUGUUGGGUGUUGCGCCCGAAAAGGCAAUCAAAUUGACGGUCAACGACCUGGUCAGGAAGAAGAGGACAGAUCCGGAGACGGGUCGAAUCACAUUAGGCAGUGAAUUGUUGGCUGGAGGAACCGCUGGAGCUUGUCAAGUCGUGGUCACGAAUCCCCUUGAGAUUGUCAAAAUCCGGCUGCAAAUGGCCGGAGAGAUCGCUCGUUCAUCGGCUGGUACCGCACCACCCAGGGGCGCAUGGCAUAUCAUCAAGUCACUGGGUCUGAUCGGAUUGUACAAAGGCGCUACCGCUUGUCUCUCACGAGACGCACCAUUCUCCAUGAUCUACUUCACCUCAUACGCCAGGCUCAAGAAGGACGUCUUCCACGAGGGUCGACGAGGCAAGGUGCUCAGCACAGGGGAGCUGCUUCUCGCCGCUGGUGCUGCUGGUAUGCCUUCAGCAUACCUGACUACGCCUUUCGAUGUCGUCAAGACUCGCUUGCAAAGUCAAGCUCGAAAAGGCGAGACUGUCUACAAGGGGGUUGUAGAUGGUAUUCGCAAGAUUGCUCAAGAGGAGGGACCAAAAGCACUCUUCAAGGGCGGUAUAGCCCGAGUCAUCCGAUCUUCGCCGCAAUUUGCCGUUACUCUGACAAUGUAUGAGCUUCUCCACAAGGUGGCACCCUACCCGUGGGCAGUAGACAAGCAGGAGCAAGCACGACCGACCCGCCGCACCGAAGAUAUCUCCCGCAUUCGCGCCCGUAACGGUCUGCGAAUCUUGCUCGACUGCUCCUCCUCCUUCGGCAUGGCCGCGUCCAAUACCAGCCAGGGUCUCAAGGCACUGCCGCCAAUCUUGAAACCGUCGAAGGAGUUCCACUGA